CCAUUUUGUCGGUGGCUUUUUUUUUACCUUUCAAAUGUUUUCGCUUCCCGCCGGAAUAACGCAGUCAUAUGUUCUUACGAGUGACAGCUUCGGGGGGAGAGGUUCUCCGACCGUGUCCGACUGAGAAAACCACGGAGCGGGCGUUCGGAGGGUGAGAGGAGCGGGUUAGGCGGUACCGAGCCCUCCGAGCGAGCGAGCUAACUACCUAACGCUGUUCUGUUCUCUUCUCCUCCGUGUGUCUCCGCUCAGCUCCGCUCCGCCGGGCCGCUCCACUGCCUGCGCAGGUCUGGAACGAACGCGCGCCAUUUUGUGAAAACUAACAUAAAAUCUAGUGGAAAAGUGCUAGUUUUAUACAGACGCGUUUCGACAGUACCUGUGCGUAGCAGUUUCGCCGCUGUUAGCUGUGCGCCGUGUAAGUUAAGUGUUGUUAUAAUCCGCGCUCCGUCCCGAGCCAGCGGGAAUGAGAGUGUGCGCUCAGCGGUAACCGAGCUAGCUGCUUAGCCACAUUCGUUAAAGUCACCUAGCUUAGCUGGCUGGCUAACGUCCGAUAGCUAGCGCACCAUCAGCGCUGUUAAUCCGAAAGUGGGACGUCUGACCGGCCAUGGCUGCUUCACAGAGGACGAUCGAGGUUCGGAAAAUUAGGCUGGGCUGCCAUUUUGACGCCCGUUGGCUGCGAUAAGAAACGUUUAGCCAGAUAGCCAGCUAAGCUAGCUAACGUAGCUCCAUCUGGAUUGGAAAUUUGGGUAUCUCAGUCAUUGGAAGUAUCGCGGCUAACCUUACAGAAGCUGGAUAAGGGGCUUUACCUCACUGGCUCUGAGACUUUAAAUGAAGAUCACACCAUCAAAGGGGGAGAGACCUCAGCAUGCAAACCUUCGUCCGUCCGGCUUGCACCCUCUUUUUCUUUCAAUGCUGCUGGUCUUCAGAUGGCUGCUCCGAUGCCUCAUUCGCACCAGCAGUACAGUGACUGUCACCAGCAGAGUACAGACCAGUCUGUCACUGUACUGCCAUACAGUGACCAGACACAAGCACUCACUGCCAACCAGAGGCACAUGCCCCAGUGCUUUCGUGACCCAACUGUAGCUCCUUUAAGGAAGCUCUCCAUUGACCUGAUCAAAACCUACAAACACAUUAAUGAGGUGUAUUAUGCAAAAAAGAAACGGCGGCAUCAACAGGGUCAAGGUGAGGACUCCAGCCAUAAGAAAGAGAGGAAAGUCUUCAAUGAUGGUUAUGAUGAUGACAACUAUGACUACAUUGUCAAGAAUGGAGAGAAGUGGAUGGACCGUUAUGAAAUCGAUUCUCUAAUUGGAAAAGGUUCAUUUGGACAGGUUGUAAAAGCUUACGACCGCGCUGAGCAGGAGUGGGUAGCGAUUAAGAUCAUCAAGAACAAGAAGGCUUUUCUGAAUCAAGCUCAGAUUGAAGUGCGGCUUCUUGAACUCAUGAACAAACAUGACACAGAGAUGAAGUACUAUAUAGUUCAUCUGAAGCGGCACUUCAUGUUCCGGAAUCACCUUUGCUUAGUAUUUGAAAUGUUGUCAUACAACUUGUAUGACUUGUUACGAAAUACAAACUUCAGAGGAGUUUCUUUGAACCUGACCAGAAAGUUUGCCCAGCAGUUGUGCACAGCACUGCUGUUUCUCGCCACCCCUGAGCUCAGUAUCAUCCACUGUGACCUCAAGCCAGAGAACAUCCUGCUAUGUAACCCCAAGAGAAGCGCCAUUAAAAUAGUGGACUUUGGGAGCUCUUGCCAACUGGGACAAAGGAUAUAUCAGUACAUCCAGAGUCGAUUCUAUCGCUCCCCUGAAGUGUUGUUGGGAAUGCCAUAUGAUCUGGCCAUAGACAUGUGGUCACUAGGAUGUAUACUAGUUGAGAUGCAUACAGGAGAACCUUUGUUCAGUGGAGCCAAUGAGGUUGACCAGAUGAACAAAAUUGUUGAAGUUCUUGGUAUCCCACCCAAUCACAUAAUGGACCUAGCACCAAAAGCCAGAAAGUUUUUUGAGAAGUUGUCAGAUGGGACAUGGAGUAUAAAGAAGACCAAAGACGGGAAAAGGUACAAACCUCCGGCUUCUCGAAAGCUCCAUGCCAUCUUGGGAGUGGAGGGUGGUGGACCAGGGGGCCGAAGGGCCGGCGAAUCGGGCCAUGCAGUUGCUGACUACUUGAAAUUCAAAGACCUUGUACUCAGAAUGCUGGACUAUGACCCUAAGACGAGGAUCCAGCCCUACUAUGCCCUUCAGCACAGCUUCUUCAAGAAAACAGCAGAUGAAGGAACAAAUACAAGCAGUAGUGUUUCAACAAGUCCUGCACUUGAGCAGUCACAGUCCUCAGGGACCACUUCUAGUACAUCCUCAAGCUCAGGAGGAUCAUCUGGAACAAGCACCAGUGGCAGAGCAAGAUCUGAUCCAACUCACCACCAUCGGCACAGUGGGGGUCACUUUGGCACAACAAUGCCAUCCAUAGACUGUGACAACCUCUGCCCUCAGACGAGACAGCCUUACCAUCCACCUGUAGUAUGGACUGGCGGUGUUGGACCAGACCCUGUCACUGUAGAGACACAUCCAGUCCAGGAGACCACCUUUCAUGUGCCUCCCCAACACCCUAAGGCAUUGCACCCCCAUCACCACCACCACCAUCACCACCACCAUCACCAUCAUCAUCAUGGACAGGUCAUAACAGCGCACCCUCGACCACGGCUCUACAACUCGCCCACCAACAGCGCCUCCACACAGGAUUCUAUGGAGGUUGUGCAUGGUCAUCUGUCCAUGACAUCCCUGUCUUCCUCUGCAUCCUCUUCCUCCACAUCUUCCUCUUCCACGGGAAACCACGGUAACCAGGCUUACCAGUUUCGCCAGGUUCCUGCCAGUACCCUGGACUUCAGCCAAAAUGGAAGCAUGAACAUGGGUUUGGGUGCCUUCUCAAAUCCUCGCCAAGAGACUGGCAUUGCUGGACAUCCAACUUACCCUGUUGCCACAAAUACUGGACCUAGUCACUUCAUAACAGAGGGACAUUUGGGCAUGAGGCAAGGCAUUGAUAGGGAAGAGUCUCCAAUGACUGGAGUAUGUGUUCAGCAGAGCUCAAUGGCCAGUUCGUGACUAAGCUGAAAAUGGUUUGUUUUCUGUGUGAUUUAUUAUUAUUUUUUUUUUUCUAGGUGAUGUUUUCUUUUUCUCCUAUUUUUGAAAAGGUGCAUAGAGAACAAAAAGCUGCUCACUUUUUAGGGGAGAUAUCACUGAACCGCUACAACUGAAGAGUAUUUAAAGUAUAUAUGUAUUUCAGAUAUUUUUUUUUCCGUUUUCAGUCAAUAGACACAUUAGUAAUACUGCAAAAUAACCAUAGUGAAAAUUGACACAUCUGUCUGCAAGUUCACUGACUGCACAUAGUAUUGAUUAAUCAUUCUUUGUUUGUUUUUUUUUAAGAUUCUUUUGUUGUUUUUGUCUUUUUUUUUCUUCUGACCAUUUCAGAGCAGAGAGCUGCCACACAACUAGCUGUAUGUAAAGCAAUGCAAAAACAUCCAUUAAGUUCAAACAGUAAAACAUUUAUGCCUUUUUUUUCUGUCUUUUUUUUCCUUUUGGACUGGUUGUUAUUUAUUUACCCUUUAAGUGAAGCCUCUCAGAGCUGUGUGUUAACCUGUAGCGUGUCAAGGAAGCAGUACUUGCAGUGAUAUUUUGUGUUGUCCGUAUUGUGUAACUCUUCAAGGAGGGCACAUGGAAGUUGCUCCAGCAGCGAGCACUUAGAUGCGCAUGGGAGAAACCCGCACUGGUGCUUGCUGAGUCGGUUGCAGUACUGUCCAGGCUGGGAGCUGUUUGUAUGAGGCAGCUUCAAGUGUAUGUGGCAAUUAAGGAGGAGGAGACACACUGAAGGGGGUCAUAUACAGAGUAACAGGGGCUGUUGUCAAGCAUCUUAUUGGCCUUACGAUUUUUGGACUUCUGAAUGAAAAAGAGAUGGACAGAAACAUUGAAAUAAAGACGGCUUUCCUCUGUUUUUAACAUUGAAAUGGUCCUUAAUUGUUUAGGGGAAUGCCGAAUAAAGUUAAAAAAAAAAAGAAGAGUAAUUAAGAAAUGGUUAUUAAGAGGCCUUUAUCUAAGGGACUAAAAGGGACUCUUAAUUACAGGGUCAAGUGUCCCAAACACAACUUCCUAUAAUUCUUUCUUACCGAAGUGGAAUUUCACGAUGAAGGUAGUCCACCCGUAUUUGAGAUGCUUGAUUUUAUUUAUUUUAUUUCUUUCCUCUUUUUUCCUUUUUGAGUAUACGGUUUCCAUUUGAAGACUGUCUACUUCUUCAAUUUGCCUCUUCAAUUUUUAGUACAGAAAUAUGUGCUGAAAUUCGUGACUGCCUUUUUCUCCUCUUGAAUUAUGCUGUGAAUUUUACACACAUUUGUUUUUUUUUGUUGUUUUUUUUCCUGUUUGAUCGUCUCUCUCCAUUUUUUUCUCCUUUUCUUUUUUUUAUACCAAAGCGAUUGUUUUUUAUAGUACUUGGUGUCUGUAACCAAUAAUGUAGCAGUUCACCACUUCAACGCAAGGUUUAUUAAAGUAUCGACUUUUGUCCAUACAAAAUGUCUAUCAACUACUAUUGCGAACUGGAGCUUUUUGCUGAACUUGGUACAUUUUUAAUGUUGAUCGAUUUGCUUGUCAUGUGGUUAAACACCCCUAUC